AUCUGUAGCCGCUUGUAUUGUAUAGAGUAACUACCUUACUUUAAAUGCAACUGCUUUUUGGUUAUUAUACACCACUUAUCCGUUAUCGUUUUUAUUAAUUUUUAGCUUUGAAUACUAAUUAUUAGUAUUCGCAAAAAAUUUUCAGAUUUUAGGUUAGGAUUCGUUUGUGUGCAAUUUUACUUGUCCACACUUACCAUUCAGUUUUUAUGAAAGUUUGUAUUUGUUUAAGAAUAUCUUUUUCACUAAUACAAUGUUAUCUUGCAAAGCACACGGUUGUCUUUCAAAUGAAAAUACGAAAAUUGACGGUAAAGAUAUUUCACUAUUUUGUUUUCCUCAAGAAACUGAUCGGAGGAAUGAAUGGUUUAAAAACUGUCAAUUGAAUGAAAAUACUGAAAGUGAUAAGAUGCUCUACCUCUGUGAAUUGCACUUUGAUAAAACAUGUUUUACUGAUUCAAUGGAAUUAAUUCCUAAUGCUGUCCCAACUAUCUUUACCAAAUUAGAUGGCCAAAGAAAACGUAAAGCUGAAGAUGAACCUAGAUGUAGGUCACCUACAAUUCCAUCAAUAAAGCAGAAAAAAUUGGAUAGCGAUUCUCAUAGCCCGGUGACUUCGCCACAAAGUCCUUGUAAUCAAUUAGAAAAUAAUGAUAAAAUAAAUGGAGAAGAGAAAAUGGACAUAUGUUCUGAUCAUGAGAUAUCAUUAAACGAAUCUGUUGAUAUAAAACCAGAAUUGUAUCAGAAAGUGACAAUAGAAAAGAAGCUGUAUCGUUUAACAAUACAAAUCGAUAAAAUAUAUGGGAAGCCAUGUCCAAGAUCAAAAAAACUCAAAAUGUUGGCACAGCUAACAAAAGGAAGCCAACAAUUCUCAGAGAAUAUGUAUAAUAUUAAUCAAGGAAAUCAGGCUCUAGAAAAAGUUAGGAAAAAAGAAAUUUGUAAAGAAGGUGGAUGUAAAUUGAAAAAGUCAAUUUAUGAUUCAAAGCCAGCAUUUCAAUGUGAAUACUGUGAUAAAUAUUAUGUAAUGAAACAAAGUGAUGACCAAGUGGAUAAAAAUAUUUGUAACAUGUGUCAUCAAACUUUCUCAUCUUCACAAUCUCUAUAUCUUCAUACUAAAACUCAUUUUGUAUGUGAUAUGUGCCAAACUGAAUGUAGCUCACAAGUGACUUAUGAUAAGCAUAUAAGAUUACAUGUCAGUACCGAUCCAUUGCAUCCAUAUAAGUGUCAUCAGUGUACAGAAACGUUUGAACUUAAGGAAGAUGUGAGGCAACAUUAUCUAAUCGUUCAUCCUACUAUACAAUUACAAAACACAAUUCUGCAAGUGACUGCACCAUCUUUGACACAGCAAAUAUCUCAACGAGAACAUCGUUGUAUUAGUUGUAACAUUACGUUUAGAAAUGAACAAGCCUACAGGAAUCAUAUAAAUUCCCAUAAAAAGAAAGAGGGACUAAGGUGUAAUAUUGGUGAUAGUACCAACAAUGUAUUUCCAGUACCUAAUCCGUUAACUGGUAGCCAAAUAGGUAUUCUUCGAGCUGUAAAAUUCAGUUGUAAAGUAUGUUCAAUGGAAUUUGAUAACGUCGGUGAAGUUGAUAAACAUACUAGAACUCAUUUGGAAAAAGAUAGUGAGGAAGAGCACAAGUGUAAUAUCUGUAAAAAACUAUUUAAAACGAACAUACAACUCAACGAACAUUUAAAGUACCACCUGUCCCGUGCACAUUCUUGUCCCGUAUGUUCCAAAACUUUUAUUAACAGAACUACCUUAAAAAUACAUUUAAAAACGCACGGUGAAUCGUAAGUUGUAUUUAACUUAUGAAAUUGCGCGAAUCUAAUUUAAUUUCGGUUUCCGGUUGUGUUAGAGAUCGAAUAUCAUCGUUUUCGUGUAUUUUGAUGUUUAUGGUGAUAUGAUAUCGGUAAGGUUCCUAUACGUGGAAACCUUUGUAUAACGUGUACAGAGUUGUUUUAUCUAAUAGACUUUUGUAGCCAAUGAUGAGGCAGAGAAAAGAUAUUAAGUAUGUUUAUAAAAGGAUUAUUAAAUUCUUCAGUAGCAAUUCCCGCCUCUCUUUUUUUCAAAUAAUCAAUUGGGUUUUAUUUCAGUGUCCGUAACAUAAACGUAGCUAUAACACGGCGGCCGCUUUUUUUAAAAAAGAAUGUACAAUAUACGAACGACCUAGAAGGAAGAGCGGAUUUAAUACCAAGAUCAAAUUCCAUCACUGUAACAAGAAAAGAAGAAAAAAUGCUUCAUCGUGAACACGAAGCGAGAUUGUACAAUUUCGCGACGAGUGUCGAAGACGAACAUUAUUCUUGACGUCAAUGUGUCUUGAAAUCACUGCAAAGUUUGGCCGGAGAAUGAAAAUAAUAGCAAGCGGAUUUCUUUGAAGCGUUCCGUUGUGCUCGAGGCCGACGAACGCGCGUAGAAUGAUCUUGAUUCCUGAUCUUUCCAAAAGGAACAUUCAACAAUCAUUGGCAACGACGGUGAAAUGGCGGAGAAGGAAGAGAGAGAAGGAAACGAGGGCAAACGAGCCGAUCUUGAAAGGGAGCCGACUAUCCAAGGCGGAACAAUUGGCUCGAUGUUCACGGUCAUCCUGUCAACGGGAACCACUUCAAACGUAGCCGGCCUCAAUGUGUUUAUUUGGCUAACGUCAAAUUUACUCGUGGAAAAAGGAGAGCUGCUUGUACCCUAGCCAACACCUUGCUACCUCUGUUCAUAAGCUGCCGCUGUUUUCUUCGCGUCCCGAGCAAAAUCGGAUCGUUUUGUCGCGCUCGGUCAUCGGCACUUGGGCGUGGCUCGUGUUCCCCUAUUGUCAACCUUUGACUUUUCUCGAGUAAAGUACUUUCUGUUGGCUAGUUCCCGGUAACGUAGCUCGCGUCUCUACUUAUGUCAAGGAAAUGUGUAAUUCACGCAUUGACUCGCAUGCAGAUUCGUGGCGAGAGAAAUUGUUUUCAACAUAGUGAGGAUUAAGUUUAAAUUGCAAAGUUUUUGUUUGUUAUUCCGUAUACAUUAGUGGUAAUAUGUUUUUGAAAGCGAGGACCGUUUUAUAUGACUAUCUUGUAUAAUUAUCAGAGUUAUCUUACAUAUCAAUCGAGUUGUAAAAGAAAUAAAAUAAAAUAAGACAGAAAGAUUUGUAAUUGACAAAAGAAACAGUUUGAAGUUGUAUAUAUUUGAAUUAAUGACAGAAAAGAGAGUGUCGAUGUAUUUUAAUUUGUAUUAAAGAUAGAGAUAUAUGUAUGUCCACGUAUUUAGUAACGCUUUGUCAUUGGCAUAAUGUGGGACGACAGCCGACCAGGUAUCAUCGAAAUAAAGAAAAACACUCUAUAAAUUCGCCAUGGUUUUCCACGGUAGCUAAACAGUAAAUCCUGCCUGUAUGUAUUUCUACCUAGAGGUUCCGUGAAAAUUAGGGACGUGGAGGGUUGUCGCGUAACAAAUUUCGUGAUUUCCCGUGAACGACUAAAGAAUCUUAUAUAGAGAAGAGGCACGAAGUACAUUUUAAUCUCUUACUGUUCAAAAUAUAUUGAACGCAUCGAGAUACGUUACUUUUGUUAAUUAUUAGAAGCAAGUUUAUGUAGAGGAACUAUAAAAUGAGAAAAUUAAUGUAAAAUAAAGAAAUCCUCAGAUACUGUAACAAGUGUAUCGAAUGAAUUAAUCUUUGACAAAUCUAUUAUUAUUAAAUAAAUUAAUCUUCUUGACAAAGUAAAA